UAAACUGAAGAGCAUUAUCUGUUUAACAUCCUAUAAAGGAUUAAAUGUACCACUUUCUCUCAAGGGAAAAUCUUUUAUCUUUUAAAAAGUUAUCUUAAAUAUCUUAAUUUUAUUUUCGUAAUUCAGAGAUAACACUAUAAAACCUACGCAACAACCUUACAUCGAAGCAGAGGAACAAAGAAAGGAAAAGAGAAAAAAAUUUCUCAGAAGAGUCUCCGCUGAAAGUUUUGGUUUCUUGAAGAUGUCGUUGCUCUCCGAUCUUAUCAACCUUAACCUCUCCGACAUCACCGAUAAAGUGAUCGCCGAGUACAUAUGGGUAGGUGGAUCUGGCAUGGAUAUGAGGAGCAAAGCAAGGACACUCUCAGGACCGGUUAAAGACCCUUCGAAGCUUCCCAAGUGGAACUAUGAUGGUUCCAGCACUGGUCAAGCUCCUGGGCAAGAUAGUGAAGUGAUCUUAUAUCCACAAGCAAUUUUCAAGGAUCCAUUCAGGAGGGGUAGCAAUAUCCUGGUUAUGUGUGAUGCUUACACUCCUGCUGGGGAACCCAUUCCUACAAACAAGAGAAAUAAUGCUGCAAAGAUAUUCGGCCAUCCUGAUGUUGCUGCUGAAGAACCCUGGUAUGGCCUAGAGCAAGAAUACACCUUGUUGCAAAAAGAUGUCCAAUGGCCUCUAGGAUGGCCUCUUGGUGGUUUUCCUGGGCCACAAGGACCAUAUUAUUGUGGUACUGGUGCUAACAAGGCUUUCGGGCGUGAUAUUGUUGACUCACAUUACAAAGCAUGUAUUUAUGCGGGCAUUAACAUCAGUGGAAUCAAUGGAGAAGUGAUGCCUGGUCAGUGGGAAUUCCAAGUUGGUCCAUCAAUUGGCAUCUCUGCUGCUGACGAAUUGUGGGUUGCUCGUUAUAUUUUGGAGAGGAUCACCGAGAUUGCAGGAGUGGUGCUUUCCUUUGACCCUAAACCAAUUCAGGGUGAUUGGAAUGGUGCUGGUGCUCACACAAAUUACAGUACCAAGUCCAUGAGAAACGAUGGUGGCUAUGAAGUCAUCAAAAAAGCAAUUGCUAAGUUGGAAAAGAGACACAAGGAGCACAUUGCAGCUUACGGAGAAGGCAACGAACGUCGUUUGACUGGACGACACGAGACAGCUGACAUGAACACCUUUGUAUGGGGUGUUGCAAACCGUGGUGCUUCUAUUAGAGUAGGGAGGGACACUGAGAAGGCAGGGAAGGGGUAUUUUGAGGAUAGGAGGCCUGCCUCUAAUAUGGACCCUUAUGUGGUCACUUCCAUGAUUGCUGAGACAACCAUUCUUUGGAAACCAUAAGCAGCCUCAAAAAUAAUCACACAUGCCUUGUUUUUUCAUGUUUUGUGUGCACUCUUGUUGUGACUACCUCGCCUUUUCUUAGGCAUUGUUUGUUGGUAGUACUGAAGUGAAGAAUUGUCGUGUCAUUCCAUUAAUGUACGUUUUCAAAGGAAUUGUUUGUGUGCACUCUUGUUGUGAUUACCUCGCCUGUUGUUAGG